GCGGCAGUGAUUGACUUCAGCACAAAGGUGGCUCUAGAGUUCCUUUUUAAAACACUCUCUCUUUGGCUACUUUUGUGGGUGAUGUAACUUCCGGAGGAAGUUCCUCCCUGAUUCCAAUGAGGUCAGUAUCUGUGUGUUUUUAUGAAAAGAGCGGACGCCUAUACCCACCAGAAUAAAACAUAAAGUAUUUAGAUUUCUCAGUUGGAGGGUUCACAGGAUCGAACAUGUCUGAUACGGAUACAAAGCCUUCAAGUCACGAUUCGGGAGACAAGAAGGAUGGAGAAUAUAUCAAACUCAAAGUCAUCGGGCAGGACAACAGUGAAAUCCAUUUCAAAGUGAAGAUGACGACACAUUUAAAGAAAUUAAAAGAAUCAUAUUGUCAGAGACAGGGUGUUCCUAUGAAUUCCCUAAGGUUUCUCUUUGAGGGACAGAGAAUUGCGGAUAACCAAACUCCAAAAGAGCUGGGGAUGGAAGAUGAGGACGUCAUUGAAGUUUAUCAGGAACAAACAGGAGGACACUUGGACAAUUAGACUUUCAAUAUAUAUAUUUUUUUGCUCUUUUUUUUCUGGUUAUUAGUAAUAGGCUGUAAUACCAUGAAACAUAGAUGAUACUCAUCAGGGCUCCCUUAGCUUUAAAGGGAGGGGUAGUUGCCCCCCCAGCCCCCCUCUACCCUUCUUCUCCAUGCCCCUCAACACGCAUCUGAAAUUCCUGGAGCAACCCAGUAAUAAACGGGGAGAAGAAGUGCAGCUUUACAGCACAACCUUUUUUUUUUUUUUUUCUUGCUCGUCUGCAAGCUUCAGAAUUUAUAUAAUCAGGAUAAAUAUAUCAGGAUAUAUUGAACUGGUUAAUGGAACCAGUGCUCUAAUCUGUCCAGUUAGCAUAUAUGCCCUUUGAAACCACAGCCUUUUCAGACAACGGUUACACAAUUCUUGGAAUUUGCUUACCACCCUUUCAGCAGGAGUUCUUCCUUAGCCUGUCAUCUGUAAAGGGUUCUACAGGACAGCAGUUAGUUGGGUGUAGGUCUAUGCAUCGACCCACCGCUGUGUUCAGUCCUUGUAUGAACUACUGAUCCUCCGAUGCAUGUUUUAUUAUUUUUUAGUUGAAGCUUACAAGCUCUGGUAAAGUUUUAGCACCGUUGGUUUAAAUAGCAGCCUUUGUGUGACUGGCGGCAGUGCUUGUCUCAUUGCUGAGUAUUUAGUCUUCUAUUGGAAAGCCAUAUGUAAUGUUCACAUUAAUUAAUACUGUAUGUUGCUCCAUGUGUAAUUACAAGAUGCUUAAAACAUGACUAUACCCAUA